AUGCCGCAAAGGCACGAGACGACGCCUCCAUGGGGCAAGAAGCGCAAGCGCGAGCUCUCUUCCUCUCCUUCACCACCACCCGACGACUUCGUACCACGAGACUACGAGGAGAUCAAACGACUCAAGACAGAAGAUGAGGCUCUUCCACCCUGGUCAAGGCACAGUGAUCCUCUUAGUCCGAGUUCACUCUCUUCCUCGGCAGUAUGGAGAAGCUCUAAGAAUGACGACCUCACAAAGGCUGUGAAGACCAUGUUCGACUGGACUCGAUCCGACGAACCAGUCGAAGAGUCGAUUCUUCAUAUGAAGCGCAUCGUCAACCUCUGUCAAGAUGAAGCAUCUGGCGUGAAGAAGUGGAAGACGGUCAUCGCAACAUACCAGUCUCUCGGAGCCACGUCAGAAGAUGUCAACGACCUGAUCGAGGCGCGUGAGCCUUUCUGGACACAAACACGGGUGCGCCAUGUAUCGACUACCAUAGCGACACCUAGAGCUCUAGCAGACUCGAUACGCUCCAUGGUCGAAGAGAGUGAGAGGAACAACGGCCGAUAUCUCGACAGGGAGCUCAAGGAUCAAUUGAUGAAGGCCGUUGAUCGCGUCUUUCCUCGCGCGCCACCUGUGCUUCUCAAUGCUCAAUCUCCAUCGUUUACACCUGCAGGUCCCUCUGCACCUGCACCUGCGCCUUCUUUCAGUGGACAUGGCGUUGUUCCUGAAAAAGAUCCCGCAUCCGGGCAAUACCAAGCGCCAGUCGCACAGAUGGCCAGAAACAACGAACCGGCUCCUGCCUCACUUCCACCGCCUAGUUCAAUCGGCCAUCAACAAGCUCACUUAGCUCCGCCGACAGAUCCGCGCCUCAUGUCGAGACGACCAGGUUGGGCACCGUCCUCAGACUCCGACUCAAAGCCUCGAGCUGCAAGUCUUAGCAAGCCACGAACUGAUAGCCUUACCGAAUUGUCCUCAAGAAAGUCUUCGGCCGCAACCCUCGUUUUGGCAAGUCCCGCCGAGCCGUCUCAAACGGUGCAACAUCCAUCACAUAAGCGGCCAUCUUUACACAAGGGGUCCUCUCAGCACUUGCGAUCUCCAAGUCCUGAGCCGUCUCAGGUCAUAAAGCCGAAACGUCCUACUCGCUGGGCCACUGAAGCUGUGAAACCCGUGGGCAUUGAACCUCUACGCGACCAAAGACCACCAAGCCCUUCGGCAUCGCCAAAAUCAGCAACCACCGCAGCACUUCCUAUCCAGUUCAGACUCGCUACUGGCUCCAAUUCUGCGCCGUUACGCCCACGACCCCAUCUUGGACUAGAUGUCGAAGUUGCGCGCAAAACUAUCGACAAAAAUGUGUUCGCUACACCGUCUUCUGCUUCGUCAGAAAGUCGCAGAUGCUCUGCUCACAAUCUCCAGCCUCCGACACGCCCGCGUAGUCUGCCCCUGUUCCAGGCUAGGAUCAUGCCUAAAGAGCCCCUGAAUAGUCAGGCGCAGCAAAAGUUGGAAAUCAUGAAAGCUUGCGAUUACAAGGGUGUGCCUGCUCAGGAGACAACGCCUUGUCCCUCAAAGGAUGGUUCGUGGGUGCUGCACUUCAAAGACAUAAGAGACCUGCGCACUUCACUCGGCAGAUUGAUCAUUCUACGCGAUAUCAGCAUACCUGUGCUUACGUACGCACCCGGCCAGUCAUUUCAAAUGUUCGCCAUGUUCACGAAGCCCGGAGUGAUAACGUCAAGCUUCGACAUCGACAUCAUCAACACACUUGCUCGCACCUUCCGUCCUAGAAAAUUCACCAUGCGCAGGCAAAUGAUAUGGAAUGGCUCGAGAAAGUACAAGUUUCUCAAAUGGCUAGUAAUCUUCGAAGAGCCCCUUGAUCGAGAAAAUUUCAACUUGGACGUGACGACAGCUGGAUUCAGAGACACAUUGGAGUUCUUCGGUUUAUCUUCCUCCGAUGACUUUCAGCGUUGUUGGGUGUGUUCCAACGGCAAUCAUGUUACAGCUUAUUGCAGCUUUCUCGAGAGCAUCGAACCUCCUCAUGGACAUGAUCAGUUCUUGACUACAAUCCCUCGGCUGAUGGAUAGAGCCAUCUCUGCAUCAGACAGGGAUGAUUGUUGA